AUGACUGUUCUGCACCCCUUCGACCCCAUCACCCCCGGGGAAAUCACCUUGGCCGUCCAGGUGCUCGAGGCUGCCUUCCCCGGUGUGCCGCUGAGAUACAAGCGGAUCGACGUCAACGAGCCCAUCAAGAAGGAUGUCAUUCCGUAUAUCGAAGCGGAGCGCCUGGGAAAGCCACUGCCGGCCAAGCCUGCGCGGCUGUUGCAGGCUCUCUUCCACCGGCGGGAUACUGGAGCUUUCUACAAAGCUCUGUUGAAUGCUGAGACUCGGAAAGUCAUCUAUGCGAAGGAACUUCCGAAAGCGGUGCAAGGACCGGUCGACGUGGACGAAAUGAUCGAGAUCGAACAGCUGUGUCUGAAGCAUCCGGCUGUUUUGGCCGAGGUGGCCAAGAUGCAAUUGCCAGAAGGAGUGACGGUCUGCAACGAUCCGUGGAUUUAUGGCACCGACGACCCCAAGGAGAGCCGCCGCCUCUUUCAAUGUUAUAUGUAUAUCGUCGCCGUCGACCACGAGCAAAACAACCACUACUCGCUGCCCUGCAGGUUCUCGCCGGUCUUUGACGGAAUCACGCACGAACUGGUCCGAAUGGACUACUUACCCGGUGGAGCAGACGCGCAGACUACCGAGACCCAGCCUUGGAAGCCUGUCGAGACGGUCCAGUACGCGCAUGAUCUGCUCACAGAACCGCUACGGACUGACCUGAAGCCGUACAUUGUCCAGCAGCCAGAGGGCGCUUCAUUUUCGGUCAACGGCAAUGCCGUGUCGUGGCAGAAGUGGCGGUUCAGGGUUGGCUUCACUAAUCGUGAAGGCCUGGUCCUGUAUAACAUCACCUAUGAUGGACGCAACGUGUUUUACCGUCUGUCAAUGUCCGAGAUGACAGUCCCGUAUGGGGAUCCCCGGGCACCGUACCACCGGAAGCAGGCCUUUGAUGUAGGCGAUGUGGGAUUUGGAAUCACCGCCAACCAGCUCUCACUGGGCUGCGACUGUCUGGGCCAUAUUAAGUACUUUGAUGGCUACCGAAUUGAUGCACAGGGAAAGCCGGUACAGCUGAAGAACGUUAUUUGCAUGCAUGAGCAAGACAACGGCCUGCAGCAUAAGCACACCAACUACCGAUCCGGCGCUGCAACGGUCGUCCGCAACCGCCAGCUCGUCAUGCAGAUGAUCUGCACUGUGGCCAACUAUGAAUAUAUCUUCGCUUUCAUCUUCGACCAGGCUGCCAAUAUAGAGCUCGAAGUUCGCGCCACCGGCAUCUUGUCAACCGUCCCAUUUGAUAACCAGAACGGCCAGACAGUCCCAUUUGGCACUAAUGUAGGACCGAAUGUGCUCGCCCCGUUCCAUCAGCACAUGUUCUCCUUCCGUAUUGACCCGGCCAUCGACGGCUUCAAGAACACUGUGUAUUUUGAAGACAGUGUUCCCAUGCCCGUUGAUGAAGCUUCCAACCCAUAUGGAGUUGGGUACACCACCGAACAGACUGUGCUGUCCACUGCGGGCUCUGCUGCGACAGACGUCGCGCGUCACCGCAUCUUUAAGAUCCGAAACGAUGACUACAUUAACCCUGUCACUUACAAACCUGUUGCGUACAAGCUGCAGGCUGCCCCGAGCCAAAUGCUCCUUGCUCCCGCCGGCUCAUUCACGAGCAAACGUGCCGAGUUCGCCACGCAGCCCAUCUGGGUCACACGGUACCAGGACGACGAGCUCUUCGCUGCCGGUGAAUUCACGAACCAGAGCAAAAUUUCCGAGGGAGUCGAGAAAUGGGUGCAGCGCAAGGAUGCAACGGAAAACGAGGACAUCGUCCUAUGGCAUACCUUCGGCUUAACCCAUAACCCACGCAUCGAAGAUUUCCCUGUCAUGCCUAUGGAACGAAUCAGCGUCAUGCUUCGUCCGGAUGGGUUCUUCACAAAGAAUCCAGCUUUAGAUGUUCCUGCGUCGACGCAGACGUUCAACAAGUCGACGCUGCAUCCUGAGCCAGCACCAGCUUGCUGUGGGGGGGAGAAAAGCGCAAAGCUGUAA